CAUGUUUCCCGUUGCAGAGGAGGCUGACGAAGAGGGAUGGCUGGAGUUCCGGGUUGACGGUGGGCAGUUGGUUAGGGAGCGGGCUAGACUUGAGCAGCAUGAAAUUGAAGUUGAGGAGGAAGCGAGAGAGGAAGAGAUUCAGACUGAUGAGAUUGAGCCGCUGCAGUUGAGGAAUGUGCAAUUGGCAGAGGAACUUGCAAGAAUCAAAAGCAAAGCUGGCAACUGCCGAAGAAAAACUGGGUGUGGAUUCCACAGCGGUUCCGGCUGGACCUCGUUCUCAGGGUACUGCCUUAGGCCUGUUACCGUACAUGGCUAUGGUGACCCUGUCCUUUGUUCACAGGAGGAAAAGCUGAUGCUGCAUAGGCAAAAACCUGAUAUGGCUUCUGCCACCUCUAGUAAAUGGUUGCCCCUUCACACUCUUGCCGUAUCAGGAGAAUAUUACAUUAUGCACGCUUUAUCAAAACAUGAAGCUGAUAUUAAUGCUGCGGAUAAGGAUGAUUGGACUGUUCUUGACAAGGCAAUUAUCGGUAAAAACCAGGCCAUUACAGACUAUCUUCUCAGAGAUUCGGCUAAUCCAUUUGUUCGUGAUAAAGGGGUUGGAAGUUUAUAUAUGUAUAUAUAUUGAUCCAGGUCGGUGUUGUGUUAGCUCUUUGCUCUAAAAGAAGUUUUAUGUGGAUACAUGAUGGCACUGCCUCAAUGCAGUAUGCUGUCCGGACAGCUUGAAGUCAAGUAACUGAGGUUCUUUUGUUAUACAACGGUGAUAUAAACCUUCAGGACAAUGUAUGGAUUAAACUUUUGCGAAAAGUGAAAGCACUCUCGAAUGCAAUAUUAAUGGGUCAUAACUAAAUAGAGCUC